CACGACGGAAAAAACUCGUAUACACAACAAAGGAGAGCAAGGACCAAAAAUACACGACACAAACGGUCACGGCUACAGCUUGUCCUUAUUUGUUCGUGAAAGACAUGAUUGCCAUGGCGAUGGCGGCCCCUAUUGCCGUGUUGAGCAAAUUGACCAUCUCAUUGUUUAGCCAGGGAACCUAUAUAAUUAUGAGUGAACGAAUGAAAACACACGGACGCUGCCUUCAAGCGGAUGAAGUGAGGGUAUUUUGUGUCCGCACCUUGUCUUGUGCUGUCGCCCCGAUGAUGCUUUCCACGUAGUUAGCAAGGAAAGCAGCCAGCAUACACACAGGGAUGGCCUACACGACAGACACGCAGAGAGGCAUCCAUGCACGUGCACACGAACACAUGCAUACGCUGCACACACAUUACCUUGACAGUGAUGAGCCCAGCAGCAGCACCGAAAGCAGCUUGCACGAAGGAGCCGAAUAUGCCGGCCAGAGUGCCUUCCAGGCUCACCUGAAGCAGACGUGGAUCCGUUCAUGCAUGCGCUACACAUCGAUGUGCCUGCAUCUCUACAUACCGCUCCUUCUGUGCCGGGCGGCACGGACGUGAAGGUUGUGGCGAGAUAGGUAUUGCGGCCGAAGCCUUUGCCUAUCUCCUGCAUGCAGAGCAACACAACCAGACAGCAGAGCAUGCAUACAGGUUCGUCAGGAAUGCGUGUAUGCCGGAACGCACCGAGGCACACGUAUCGGAGAGCUUGGUUGCAAAGGAAGCGACUACCCUGCGUACAUUCGCACAUACAUUCACGCAUACGCGAUUUGGAGUGCAUGUAUACGGUCUGCUGUUCUCACCCGAGCUUAAGCAGGUCGAUUAUCGCCUGGUCGCCUUGCAGGGGGAUGGUCAGAGUGGCCAGAAAGGCCGCCGUCGCUGCUGAACCCCACACCUGAACGAACAUACCAACCAAAUGCGUAUUGCAGACAGAGCCAUCUAUAGUGCGCGCCGCGUACGUACCUGCGCAGGUUCCCUCGCUCCACCUCUCUUCUCUGCAAUUCCCAUCUUCUCCUUCUCGCGCUUCCUGGACAUAAACCCAAUAGCAAAGACAUACGUGUAUACACGAACGCGUCGGAAGCCUCGUGGCGUACACACUUGAGUUUGGUCGCUGCGCUGCCGCCCACAAGAUACAGGACACCGCUGCACCAUCCCUGCCAUCCUGUUCAGAAGGGAGGGACGCAAAGAAGCAUCAUUGCGUGUCCCUCCACAUGUGCGUACUGACGCCUAAAACGCACCAAGUGUUGACCACAGGCAGACGCCCAGCAGAUAGGCAUUGAACAGACCUGCAAGCAAUUCACUCAUCCACAGUGUCAUCAGUGGCAGAUGAAGAAUGGACUGAUCGUGCUUCUGAUGGUGUCUGUUUGGUGCGUACCAGCACUAGUGAGCACGUCCUGUUUGAUGGCCGCCAACACCCCUGCCAGUCCGCUGUUGACGCCCAGUGAAGUCACAACCUGGGGCGGAAUCAUCGCUCGGGGACGGCUGCACGAACAAAUGAAGAGAGAGGAUACACAAGCACACAGAGGAAGAUCUUUGCAUGUGGAAGUGCAUGUGGAAGUGUAGAUCUCUGCAUAAGUGAGUCAACAUCCCUCACGUGUGCGUCUGUUGAAGCCGUGGCGGCUUCGUGCUUUCUCGCCAAUGUGGAUGGGUCUUCAUUAGCGAGAAACAUGAUGCUGUCAAAGGCAGAAAGAGCAGCAGGCAAGCCCUACUUCGCAUUAGUG